CCUUGCGCACUGUAGAUAGCAGUUGCGUAGAGAGUAGUAUACUGCAGAGCCGGAAGACCUUAUAUUUUUAUUGUAAUAUAUGAAGAAAAUGUCUCAACUGCUCCAUAAAAUAUGAUUGUGAUCUUCACGUUUUCUUUCAUGAUCCUUUCGUUUCUGGCACACGUACACAAAGUGUCUGCCGUCCUGCCCAGCCCACAGAACCUGACUCUGCAGACCCUCAACACCCAGUACAUCCUGAGAUGGCAGUGGGACCAGGGGCUCUGUGGGAAUCAAGGGGCCACCUUCACCGCUCAGUACCUGGCUAAAUAUAAACUGCAUUAUAAAAAGAGGAACUGGGAAUCGGUGUGUACAAAUACCUUGGACAACCAGUGUGACUUCACCGGCAGUAAUCUGCACUACCUGGGGAUCUACAUGCUUCGGGUUCGAGCCAGGUGUGCUGGGAAGAACUCAGAGUGGGUCCAAAUAGAAUUCUGCCCAGACAGGCAUGCUAACCUGGGCCCCCCCUCCAAAGUGGAGGCGACCCCUGGGAUUUGCCUUCUGGAAGUGCAGAUUUCCGACCCUCUGACCAGUACAAGUGGAUCCAUGAAGGAGAUUUACCCAGACAUGUACUACCGUAUCAUGUACUGGAAAUACUCUAAGAGUUCAGUGAAGUCUUAUGAACAUAUAGAGACGAGCAACAAACUGGUUACUCUGACGAAACUGGAGCCCUGGACGAUGUACUGCAUAAGAGUGCAGUCGCGCUACGAUUUCUACAAAAAGGCCAGCCAUUUCAGUCCCACACAGUGCCAGCAGACCACAGGUCAGACCCCCUUCUGGCAGAUCUUCCUGUGGUUCCUGGCUUCGCUAGUGCUGUGCUUUCUGGGGGUGCUGCUCCCUUCCUAUGUGUUCCUCAGAUCGUACCGAGUGAUCAAGGCAACCUUCUUCCCCUCAUACCAGCUCCCGUCCAACAUACAGGAGUACCUUUGUGACUCGUCCCCUGGCUCAGACCGGCCCCGGCUGCUGACACCGGAGUCAGAGGUGGAGGUCUGCUGUGAGAGGCUGGACGUGUGUCCCGUGGUGGUCCUCCCUGAAAUCCACGCCCCGCCCGACCCCCCAAAGUCGGAGCAGGACACCGCCAGACACAGCCGGCAGGGCAGCGGAGACUCGGGGGUGUACUCGGAGGAGGGGUCGGGGCAGCUGGGCACCGUGGCGACGGCAGGCUCCAAGCGGGCCUCGGUGCAGGUGAAGAUGGUGGAGAUGGGGACAGACCCUGGAUCAGAGAGGCUCAUCAGCACCUCCUGUGGCCCCAGUUUGAAGUCUCACACCCCUCACCCAAGCUCUUGGGCUGGCGAGAGUGUUAUAGAGGAGUGUGUCUGAAGAGUUCCCCUGUCUCAGAGACUGGAGGGAGCAGGUAGAACAAGCAUCCUGUCCUCUGUGACUACCACAGUGUCUUGUUUGCCUUGCUCAGAGGAAAAAUGGACAGGUGGUCCGUCAGUAAGGCCGUCUGCUCUGUAAUAAUCGCAAUCUUAAAUUGCCAUCGGAUGAUACUGCUGACUGUUUGCUUGUCUCGUGUGGUAUCGUGCCAUGCCAGUCAUGGGACAGGUAUGCUAAUCUAGUGCUGUGUGUAGUUCUUGGACAGGAGAUAACAGGGUAUUGUGUGCAAUAUAUGUGUGUGUGUGUGU